AUGGCGUAUGUGGACUUGAAUGUGCGCGCCACGGCGCGGGUGUCGGCGGGCGAGCUGCAGCGCUUGGGCUACGCGACUGUGUGCGUCAAUGUGGACUGCGAAGGCAGCGAGAAGCCCAAGCCGGCGACGGCGCUGCCGGAUCUGCCGCAGUCUGCGCAGAAGGACAAAGGUGGCAGGAGCGCCAAGAAGGCCAAGUUCUACACGGCUGCGCUCGGCAACGGACUGCAGCUGAAGGGCGACGCGGACGCGGCCGGGAAGAAGGAGCUGCCGAAGCAGCGCAAGCGCAUCACGCUCAAGCUGGAGGAAGUUGCGGAUGCACAGAAGCUGUUGGGAUCGGAUGUGGUCCAAGGAUACGACGUCAUCGCAGCGGAGGCGGCCACGCCCAAGGUGUUUCAGUUUCUGUGCGAGCAGGCCGACAUCGACCUCAUCACGUUCGAUGUCACCAACCGGUUGCCGUUCCAGAUCAAGCGGCCGUUGAUCGCCGCUGCCAUCAAGCGCGACAUUCACUUUGAGAUCACGUACACGCCGUGCCUGGGCGACACGGCAGGGCGGCGGUACUUCUUCUCCAACGCCAGCAACCUGGUCCGCCUCACGGGUGGAAAAAACCUCGUGUUCUCCAGCGGAGCUACGCGCGACAUUCUGCUGCGUUCGCCCUACGACGUCCUCAACGUGGGGCUUCUGUCCGGCCUUAAGUAUGGCCAAGCGCUCGACGCUAUCUCCACAUCGUGUCUGGCAGUACUGGAACACGCAGACAAGCGCAGAGGGAUAACAGGAGGCGUGCAGGUGCAAGCCACGGAAAACGUAGCCAUGGAAUAA